AUGACAGUGCCACCAUCACAACAGAAGAAGCGAGUCGCAGUUAUCGGAGCAGGUGCCUCAGGUCUGACGGCCAUCAAGGAGUGCCUCGACGAAAAGGACCUGAUCGACGUUGUCGCCUUUGAACAAGAAAGCUACCUGGGUGGACUCUGGCGCUACGUCGAGGUCUCGGAGGACAACCCCAAUCCACACUCCUCCGUCUACAAGUCGACCAUCAUCAACACCUCCAAGGAGCUCAUGACUUACUCUGAUUUCCCUAUCCCUCUCGACUGGCCCACCUAUCUCCCCAACCAAAAGGUCGCCUUCUACUUUGACAAGUACGCCGAACAUUUUGACCUCAGACGUCAUAUUCGAUUCAGCACCAAAGUCCUCGAGGUCAAGGAACUGCACGACGAACAGAAGCGCUGGUCGGUUCGCUUCCACCCUGUCCUCCCUGCCAAUGUUGGACCUGACUCACCCUUGCCUGAGAUCCAGGAGGAGAUCUUUGACUACGUGAUGAUGUGCUCUGGUCACCAUUGGAAGCCCCGCUACCCUACUUUCGUCGGCAUGAACCCCAACGACCUUGAGGCUUACACGGGCGAGCAGCUGCAUUCGCAUUUCUAUCGCCAGGCGGAUGCCUACAGGGACAAGACUGUGAUUGUUGUUGGACUCGGUAACAGUGCAGUCGAUUUGGCGGUUGAGCUCUCGUUGAACCAGUCCCAGGUCUAUCUCUCCUGCCGACGACCUGCAUGGAUUGCACCCCGUUGGUUGCUCAGCAAGCCACUGGACCAUAGCCGUACUCGUCUGACGCAUACUAUCCCAUUCUUUUUGGUGCAAUUCAUCUUUGCAUUUCUCAUUACCCGCUUCUCCCCACCCAUUCACAAGAACAUGAAGCCUAUCCGCAGGCCGUUCGAGUCCCAUCCUACUAUCAACACCCUCCUACCCGAACGUAUCACAACCGGCACAGUCAAGCCUGUCAAAAAUAUCAAGAAGUUGGGACCUGGUAAACGGGUCGAGUUUGAGGACGGCACCGUGGUCGACCAUGUCGAUGCCGUCGUUUAUUGUACAGGAUACCAUAUCAGUUUCCCGGCCUUGGACCCCUCGAUCGUGACUGACGGUAAGGCGAGCGCAGAGCAGAGCAACCAGGUCUGGACAUGGAACUACAUGAUUCCCCCACGGCACCCCAACAUGGCUUUUGUCGGACUCUUCCAGCCUCUUGGAGCCAUCAUGCCCAUUUCAGAGAUGCAGUGCCGUUUCCUGGUCCGGACGCUUGUUGGCAAGAUGGAUCCCUUGCCCUCGGAGCAGGACAUGGACAAGGACAUUAAGGAGCUUAAGAAGUACAUCCGCACUCGAUACGACGAUACACCCCGACACACGAUCCAGGUCGAUUACGCUACUUACUGUGACAGUCUGGCGACCAAGAUCGGAUGUUUCCCUUCGCUCGCUAAGUUGGUGUCCAAGUUUGGAUUGGUGGAAGGGUUGAGGUUAAAGACAGAGACAAUCUUUGGACCUCCUACGCCGAUUCAGUACCGAUUGAUAGGACCUCAUGCUUGGGAGGGCGCGCGAGAGGCGACUUGGGGGUAUGCAGGCAAGGCCGCCUUUGCUGAUUCCAAGUACUUGAAGGAUUUCCAACCUACACCCCAAGGAAAACCGACCACCACCUUGACAAAAUAA